AUGAAUCGUUUAAUGGAUUCUAACCGAGGAGAAUUAUUAUGCAGAGUUAUGACAGCUGAAGCAAUAGAUGAUGAAUUACCUGUCUACUAUGUCUCCUAUAUCUCUGUAUCUACUAUAACUCCUAUACCUCCUAUAUCUUCUAUACCUCUUGUAUCUCCAAUAUCUCCUAUAACUGCUAUAUCUCCUAUAUCUCCUAUAGCUCCUAUAUCUCCUAUACCUCCUAUAUCUCCUAUGCCUCCUAUACCUCCUAUGCCUCCUAUACCUCCUAUAUCUCCUAUAUCUCCUAUAUUUCCUAUACCUCCUAUACCUCCUAUAGCUCCUAUACCUCCUAUAUCUCCUGUACCUCCUGUAUCUCCUAUAUCUCCUAUAUCUCCUAUAUCGCCUGUAUCUCCUAUAUCUCCUAUAUCGCCUGUAUCUCCUAUAUCUCCUAUAUCUCCUAUACCUAUCUAUCUCUAUAUCUUCUACCCUAGGACAUAA